UCGCUCGCCACAAACUCGUUUCGAGUAAAAACACCGGUCGCGCUGCUGCUUCUGUUCUGUGCCAGAUCCCUGUACACCGCGCGUCGUUGUAGCGUCAUUACUUCAAAUAGUAAAUUGUGUUAAAUUGUUUGUUUGCUCUGAACAAUACUGCCAUGUCUUGGUAUUACACGCCCCACCCCACCGUUUUGCCGGUAGAGGAUUUUGAUGCAUCUGCCGAUGCAAAUGCGCUCCGGAAAGCGAUGAAAGGUUUCGGCACAGACGAACAGGCGAUCAUUGAUAUUCUGUGCGCGCGAUCCAAUGCCCAGCGUCAGGAGAUCUCGGAAGCGUUCAAGCGUGAAUUGGGAAGAGAUUUGAUCGAUGAUCUGAAGUCGGAGUUGGGCGGCAAGUUUGAAGAUGUCAUUCUUGGGCUGAUGCUGCGUCCGGAAGCGUAUCUGUGCAAGCAGCUGCACAAGGCGAUGGACGGUAUCGGUACGGAUGAAAAGACGUUAAUCGAAAUCAUUUCUCCUCAGACGAACGAUCAAAUUAAGGAGAUCGUCGACUGCUACGAGGAGAUGUACAACCGUCCGCUGGCAGAGCAUUUGUGCAGCGAAACAUCCGGUAGCUUCCGGCGACUUCUGACAAUGAUCAUCGUUGGCUCUCGCGAUCCGCAGGGCACGGUUGACCCGGACCUUGCCGUCGAGCAGGCGAAACAACUGUACGAUGCCGGUGAGGGCAAACUCGGUACGGAUGAGGAUGUGUUUUACAAGAUCCUUGCCCAUGCAUCCUUCGAUCAGCUGGAGAUUGUGUUCGAUGAGUACAAAAGUUUGUCCGGUCGUACGAUCGAGCAGGCCCUGAAGUCGGAACUUAGCGGCGAGCUUUACGAUGCACUGAGCGCGAUCGUGGAAUGUGUCCAAAUGGCACCGCAUUUCUUUGCCAAACGACUGCAUAAAGCGAUGGAUGGGGUCGGAACGGACGAUGCGACGCUGAUUCGCAUCAUUGUGUCGCGGUCCGAGAUCGAUCUGCAGAACAUCAAGGAUGAGUUUGAGCAGAUGUACAACAAGACGCUCGUCAGCGCCGUGCGAAGUGAAACUUCCGGUGAUUACAAACGGGCCCUUUGUGCAUUGAUCGGAAACGCAUAAAGGGUACACACAGCACCAUGACAGGAAUCUUUAGCCGCUUCUAAUUGUAUUACUAUUCCAUAAGCUGACACGAAGCAUGCCUUAUGGUCACGGGUUUCGUAUGUGUUUGUGUUUCGGUGUCGAAUCUCUUGUUCAACAAUAAACAUUUUUAUCAUAUUCUAUCGCAAA